GAGGAAAUGAAUAAUUUUUUUGGUUUGACCAAAAUCUCAAAAUAACAAAUUCAAGGACUGCCCAAAUUAAUUUUCCCCGAAUUGAAAGUAAAAAAGACGCAUGAUUGAUUAAUUCGUUGCAUUUUCUUGUUAUAUCUAGAAAAUUCAUAUAAACAAAGACAUAUUAUUGAAUUAUCCUUCUAAUUGGGCAAACGGAUCAAGCGAUAAAAUCUGUCGUGGCCAUACAUAUCAACCAUCUAUUAUAAAUCAUGAACCGAUUCUUUGUAGCUUUCUUACACUUCUACUACUAAAAUCUCAUUCCAUCAUAGACAAUCUUCUUUCUCUCUCUCACACAGACACACACUUAGACAUAUUAACUAUGAUUUGUUCGUGUAAUGCAUUACCAAUAUGUAGCAGCUCCAGCCCCGCCCGGAGACCUUUUCUUCCUCACAAAUAUGACGUCUCCACCACUGGAACCUCUAGUACUUCUUUUCCAACCAAGCCGAUACUGAGGAAGCUGGAGAACAUUUUGAAUGACAUCCCGGGAACAAUAAAGAAGACUACGAUCAAAUUGUUAGACAGUUUUGUUGAUUCAGCCUUUGAUUUCAUCGAUCAGCCAUUGCUCCCAUCUCAGCGUAAUUUUGGUCCAGUGGAAGAGUUGAAAGAGGCGGUUCAUUUGGCAGAAGUUGAAGGAAAGAUUCCAGAUGAUUUUCCAGAAGGCGUUUACGUCAGAAACGGCCCAAAUCCUCUAUUCGGAGGGCAUAAAACUGCGGUUUCUGUGUUUGGAAAAUCAAGCAACACAUGGAUAGAAGGAGAGGGAAUGAUUCAUGCCUUAUACUUCAAUAAGGGUACCCAAAACAGUGUGCAUAACUGGAAAGUUCGUUACAAAAACAAAUAUAUGGAAUCAGAGACAUUCAAGAAUGAGGUUGAAAGGGCUACACCAGCUUUCCUCCCGGCAGUAGAAGGAGAUUCCCUGGCUGUCUUUUCUGCUCUUUUGCUCAAUUUGUUGCGAUUUGGGACGGCAGACAAAUAUAUUAGCAAUACCAAUGUGUUUGAGCAUGGUGGGAGGUUCUUCGCGACCGCUGAAAAUCAUGCUCCUCACGAAAUUGACAUCUCAACACUUGAGACUAUUGGCAAAUGGGAUCUUGAUGGAAAUUGGAAACGACCUUUCACUAGCCAUCCCAAGAAAGUUCCAUCUACAGGAGAGUUAGUUAUGUUUGGUGUCUCUGCCGUAAAGCCAUACUACCAAGUUGGAGUCAUUUCAGCUGAUGGGGAGAAAAUUGUACAUAAUGUGGAUAUAAAAAUAAAUAGAUGCACACUGUGCCAUGACAUUGGGAUUACAGAAAGGUACAAUAUUAUUCUGGACUUUCCACUGACAAUAGAUAUAAAUCGACUUGUAAAUGGUGGCCCGCUUAUAAGAUAUGAUGAAAAAGGCUACGCCAGGAUUGGAGUUAUGCCUCGUUAUGGUGAUGCUGAUUCUCUUAAAUGGUUUUAUGUCGAACCUUGCACUGCAUUUCAUGUCAUCAAUUGUUUUGAAGAUGGCGAUGAGGUUGUGGUGAUGGUAUGCAAAGCUCGUGGAUCAAUUAUUCCAGGACCCGAAUCGGGUUUGAAUAAAUUGGAUUGGUUUUCUAGAGGAUUUAAGCACAUCAAUUCAGUAGACGAGACAUCACAAGAUCGGGACUCACAGGAAGGAGCAUUUUUUGCUCGUGUUUAUGAGUGGAGAUUGAACAUUCAAUCUCGAGAAGCCAAAGGAAAAUAUCUGACGGGAACAGAUUUCUCAAUGGAUUUUCCAUUUAUAAACGAAAAAUUUACUGGUACAAGAAAUCAAUAUGGAUAUACACAACUUGUCGAUUCCGAGGCAAGCUCCAUUUCAGGAAUGGCAAAGUAUGGGGGACUAGCCAAGCUUCAUUUUCAGGGAAGAAAAGCUGAAGUCUCACCAUCGGAGGGUGAAGCAGCUCAUCGUCAGGAGGUGAUAAAGGUUGAAUAUCACAAGUUUCCAAAAGACACAUUUUGCACAGGAGCCACAUUUGUCCCAAAAUGUGGUGGAGUUGAAGAAGAUGAUGGUUGGAUUAUCACAUAUGCACACAACGAAAGGACUAACAUAUCUCAGGCAAGUUUUUAAUUAUAUCACAUUUUAACUGCAAAGAGGGUCAAACUAGAAACCAUCUUAAAAGUUAAAUCAAAUUCGCAUGCAUGCUACACUUUUAAUUAAUUGAUUACUUAUUUGCUUGCAGGUACUUAUAGUUGAUGCCAAGAACUUUUGUAGGGACCCAAUCGCCAAAAUUUGUCUUCCAACAAGAGUGCCUUAUGGUUUUCAUGGAGCUUUCUUUCCGCAGUAAAUUUUCACUAAUGUAGGCCACAAUGAGGAGGAUCGGUAUAUAUAUAAUUAUCAGCACCGUAAAUUUAAUUUUGUACAAAAUUUAAUUAUGAUGAUAAAUGACAGAGACAGGGAAUUAAGAAGAUAGAAUUGCACGUUGUGAGUUGUCGAUAACAUACAUUAAUGUAUAACUUUUACAUUCAUUAGCAAUUGAAACAAAAUAUAUAAUAUAAUAAUAAUAAUACUAGUUCCUGU